AUGUGCUCGUUUUUGGCCGCCAAUCAGCUCAUCACAAACUUGGCAUUUGUGAACUUCUUUCUGCAGCCACGGGGCCCUGAUGUGACGACGCACAUGAGGUUGCAUGGCUUUGACUUUGUUCACAACCUGCUACACAUGACAGGUCAACGCCGACCACAACCCUUUGUUUCCUCAGAUGGUCAAAUCCUGGCUCUCUUCAACGGAGAAAUCUACAACUGGCGGCAGCUGAGCAGAGAGGCUGAAGGUAGGGGCCUUCCAGCCUUCACCUCUGAUGGUGAAGCCAUUCUGCCAACAUAUCAGUCGGCAGGAGAAUCUUUUCCCUUAGCGUUGCAAGGUGAGUUUGCAAUUGCAGUCUUUGAUUUCCAAAGCCGAAGGGCUGUUUUUGCAACGGACCCCUUUGGCACUAAGCCACUCUGGUACGCGCUGCUUCGCAGAAAGCAGAAAGUAGGAAUUUCAUCUUACAAGAGUGGGCUGAUACGAUUGGGCUUUCGAAGCCAAGAAGUGCACAUGGUGGGACCUAAUCGGGUUCUGACAAUUUGCCUGGACACCUUUCGCAUUACAAAGCAAACGACCGCUUUCGAAUUUGACAUGCGCCAGUUCAAAAACUCAACGGAUGAUUAUAUCAAGGCAUUCAACAGUGCAGUGAAAUUACGAACGCAGGAUCUAGAAGGAACAGGCCGACCCCUCUUUGUUGGCCUUUCUUCUGGCUUCGAUUCAGGGGCCAUACACGCUUCUUUACAUCACAAUUCUGUAAGACAUCACGCUUUCGCGCUUCUAGCUGAAGAGAUCCCGCAGCUGCUUCAUGACCGAGCGAUGUUUGCAAAGACAACUUCGGAGGUCUCUGUGGUUUUGAUGAAUGACGAUGACUUUGAUCUAGAGCGUCUUUGGCUGUUGGACCGUGCAGAACCAUUCGCAUACCUGGGCAAGAAUUUCACUGGCCAGGCCAGCGUGCUUGACGACUACGCAGCUAUUGGCCUCAGCUACAUCGUCCGUUUAAGCAGAGACAGAGGAGCCCUUUGCUACCUCUCUGGUUCCGGCGCAGAUGAAAUCUUGAGCGACUACGGCUUUGCAGGCGAGAAGUGGUGCCCCCAGUCAUCCUUUGGCGGCCUAUUCCCUGACAAUCUUUCAACCAUCUUUCCCUGGGCAGAGUUUUUCCUGUCGACGCAGCGAGACUACUUACAUAAAGAGGAGCAUGUUGCUGGAGCCCAUGGAGUUGAGGCCAGAUACCCAUUUCUGGAUCCACGUGUCGUGCAAGAGUACAUUUGGUUGGCUCCAGAAGUGAAGAAUCGUGAGUACAAGGCCCCAUUGCAUGAUGCCUUUGAAGGCUGGGGCUACCCUUUUGAAAAGCGAAAGAAGACCGGCUUCGCAGCCAGAGCGAACUUGGUUUCGCACGAUUCAAGCAUGCUAUGGCGGUACAAUACGCAUCCUCCAGCUCCUUGUGGCCCACACUCUGCACCAAACACCAUUUCACUGUGUGUUGGAGAAGGCGAAGGCCUGAAAUGUGAGGUGAAGUGUUCAGAUGAACGACCCCCAAGCUCCAACACAUUACGCUGUGGCCAUCGUGGCACGUGGGUUGGGAACAUCAACUGCCAGGACCAGCAGGAAGAUCUUCCAGCGACUUCUGCAACCCUGUGGCCAAAGGAUGGGCCUCGACCACCUGUCGUGAUGGAACAAUCUGUUUGA